AUGAACUCGACAUUGCCGUUACAUAUGUACAUCCGGCCAUUGAUUUUGGAAGAUCUUGACCAGAUCGUGGAGCUGGAAUCGCAGUGUUUUCCGCCAGAAGAGAGAGCCUCCAAGGACGUAAUUACAUUUCGUUUGACAGCUUGUCCAGAACUAUGCUCAGGCUUGUUUAUUCGUGAGGUCACAAGAUUGGAGACAACUGGGGAGAAGUUAAUUGGUCAUAUACUAGGCACUAAGGCUCCUGCUGGUGGUAAGGAUGUCACUAUAACGUUAGAAACUAUGGGAAAGGUGCAUGAUGAAGCUUCGAAUACUAUUGCUGUUCACUCUGUGGUCAUUGCACCUGAGCACCAGAAGAAGAACUUGGCUACUCUGAUGCUUACGGAUUAUAUACAAAAAAUGUCGAAUCAAAAGGUUGCGGACAAGAUCAUUAUCAUCGCGCAUGAACCGUUAAUACCCUUUUAUGAAAGAAUUGGGUUCCACCAUGUGGGCGAGAACGAAGACGUCAAGAAAAACGAGAAAUUUGCCAAGAGCAAGUGGUGUAAUAUGGUCAGGGAAUUGGUUAACGAAGAAUAUGAUUGUUAA